AUGGAUCAAAUCCAGACACACCCGUCCAACGCCGCCCAGGCCAAGACCUUCAUCGCUCCCGGCUCGCUGUCGUUCCCAGGUGGUGCUGGUGAACUGACCCCACCCUCAUCAGAGGCGGACAAGCAAAAUGGACAGAAGAUGAACGUUGGUCAACCGCAGGUUGCUCAAGGCCAUGUAGGCAACGGGGUGGCUCCCGCGACACCUGCUGCGACACCAGGCACAACGGCGCAGACGGGUGUGAGUGGUAUCGUUCCUACUUUGCAAAACAUCGUUGCCACGGUCAAUCUCGAUUGCCGUUUGGACCUCAAGACGAUCGCCCUGCAUGCAAGGAACGCUGAAUAUAACCCAAAGCGUUUCGCCGCUGUUAUCAUGCGCAUUCGUGAGCCCAAGACUACCGCUUUGAUUUUCGCAUCAGGCAAGAUGGUCGUUACUGGAGCAAAGUCAGAGGACGACUCUAAGCUAGCAUCACGAAAGUAUGCGCGCAUUAUCCAAAAGCUCGGCUUCAAUGCAAAGUUCACGGACUUCAAGAUCCAAAACAUUGUCGGCUCCUGCGACAUCAAGUUCCCUAUCCGCUUGGAAGGUCUUGCUUCGCGCCAUCACAAUUUCAGCUCUUACGAGCCUGAAUUGUUCCCUGGUCUGAUCUACCGUAUGAUCAAGCCCAAGAUCGUCCUCCUCAUCUUCGUCUCUGGCAAGAUUGUCUUGACUGGUGCGAAGGUUCGGGAAGAGAUCUACCAGGCCUUUGAAAUGAUCUACCCGGUGCUUCAGGUCUGA